AUGUGCCGUCGGUGGUUUGGCCUUGCGCUGUUCCCGAGGGGACUUCGGCGCUUGUCAGGGUUUGGUAGUGUUCUCGGAACGGGAACCGUGCCGCAUGAACUCAUGAGGACGCUUCAGGAGGAGCUGAAGGAGGAGGAGCGUCGAAGGCAGGGAGGCAUUGGGGAGGCGCUGCGAAAUUGCAUUGGGCAAAGUGAAUUGGACCACCUCGAGAGCCCGGAAGCCGACGCCGCACAACGCCGAAAGCUCGAUUUGAUGGCGGAAAGCCUCUUUAGCAGGCUGCCAUUGCCAGAGGACCCUAUGAAGGCUGCCUUAGCCCCCACGGAGGAGGAGCUGAAGAAAAGAGAGGAGUGCGAGGUGCUCAAGGAGGCAGUGCGGGAACAGUACAUGCGUCAGAAGGCGUCCAACGCCGCGGAAGAGGCCAGGCUUUCCAGAGCAAUGAAACGCUACGAAGUGGUGGCUGAAAGAGGAGCGAAUUCCGACAUCCCAGAACAUAUGAAAACUCCUGGUGAAAUGAACGAGCUUCGCCAGGAGAUUGACAACCUGAAACACCAACUCGCGAAGCUUGAAAAACUCUUGGACUCCAAGGUCCGCGGUCAAUGCACAUAA